UGAGCCUCUCUUAAAAAGGACGGGGUAGUGAGCCGUCACAAGUGCUCAGGACAGAGGGAGUAGAGGAGCUCAGUACCUUAGAGGGGUAAAUGGAAAGCCAAUCACUGGCAGACUGCUACGUCUCCGCGGAAUAUGGAUUCAUACUCCAGGACCCUCUGGACAAACUUCCUGACUAUUACAAGCCCUGGAUGAAUAUUGCAGAACAUUUACCCGACUUGAUUGAAACAAAGAAACUACGAGAUGAAAUUAAGAGGAUGCCAGAGCUGGAUGUACAGAACCUGAGCGGGCACAGACAGAAGCGCCUGGCCCGGGUGAUCCUUAGUCAUAUGGUCAUGGGUUAUGUCUGGCAGAAUGGAGAGACUGGCGGAGAGAAGGUGCUGCCUCGCUCCCUGGCGGUGCCUUAUCACCAGGUAUCACAAGUCCUCGGGCUGCCACCGAUUAUGGUCCAUGCUGACUUUGUGCUGGCGAACUGGAGACGGAAGGACCCAGCAGGGCCUCUGACAAUAGAGAACCUGUCCACCAUCGUCUCUGUCCCAGGAGGUGACAAUCUGCAGGGUUUUGUACUCGUCACACUUCUUGUGGAGGUGGCAGCAAUCCCAGCACUGAAUGGGAUCAUCCAGGCGGUGAGCGCCGUACAACAAGAUGAUAACCAGUCGCUGCUCGCAGCUCUGCAAGGCAUGGAGCAGUCCAUAAACAGGAUGAGUGAUGCUCUGCAGCUGAUGCAUGAUUACGUGGAUUCUGAUGUGUAUUAUAAUACAAUCCGCACUUUCCUGUCUGGAUGGAAGAAUAAUCCAAACAUGCCAGGAGGUCUGAUCUAUGAAGGUGUGUCAGAGGAGCCCCUCUUCUGCUCAGGCGGCAGUGCUGCACAGAGCUCUGUGUAUCAUGCUUUGGAUGAGCUACUGGGAAUUCAGCAUCAGUCAGAGAGCGCCGAUUUUCUCCUGCAGAAUCGCCAGUACAUGCCUCCUGCCCACAGAGGUUUCAUUAAAUGGGUAGAGGGGAUGCCCAGUCUACCCGAGUACGUAAUGAGAUCUGAGGAACCUGCUAUCCUAUCAGCUUUCAAUCAAUGCAUCUCUGCCCUCGCUCAGCACCGCUCCCUCCACAUCCGCAUUGUCUCCAAAUAUGUGAAUGCAGCUGGAAUCCGUGCCAGGAUGAAGAAGAGCCAAGAUGGAAAAGGGGGACAGGAACAGAAGGAGAGGGGCACUGGUGGGUCACAGGUCCUAAGUUUCCUAAAGAAUGUCCGUGACACCUGCAAGGAGGGAAUGCUGAGGCAGAGCACUCCAGGGGACCACUGACAUAAGUGAAUCUCACACUGCUUAUAGUGGCUCACAAAGGGGUAGAUGUAUCAAAACCUUCUAAAGAGGGACAGGUGGAGACGUUGUCCAAAUCAACCAAUCAGCUUCUAGCUAUCAUUUUAUAGAAUGUACGUGGUACCUGACAGCUAGAACCUGAUUGGUAGUUUUGGUCAACUUCUCCAAUUGUUCUCUGGAGAAUGUUGGAUGCAUCGCCCCCAAAGUGUUUUGCAGAUAAGCGCCAAGCCUUUUAACAUUAACUUUUUCUGCAGCUGUAAGUAAUUUCAGAAAUGUGUGCACAGGGCUCACAGCGUCAUACAUAGACUUAUUUAUAGGUAGUGACAAGCAGGUAAUUAGUGCACCCACUGUGUGUCUACUGAUCAAUGCCAGUCACCAGCCUGUGCUCUUCAGAUGAUAUUCCAACUUCAUAGACAUUAUGCACAUUAUGAAGAUAAUCUUUAUUAUUAUUAGAAAUUGUACUGCCCAAGGUUUGGCACUACUGCCAUAUUUAUUAAAGAGUGUUGAAAAUCUCUGUAGGAACUGACAUGAAACUGACUGCAUAUGUGUUCUGGAAAACCUCCACGUGCUUUGACCAUUACACUACCAGUCUUUCAGAGUAAUCAGAGUAACAUAUUAAAUAGUGCAUUUACAGCA